AUGUUGCAUCCGACCAAUGCGUUUCGAGACUUGGAUUCAAUUAAACAGAAAGUUGCUGGCAAGCGUCUCGUUGUAUUUCUAGACUAUGAUGGCACCUUGUCACCUAUUGUAGACGUACCUGACCAUGCGUUCAUGGCGGACGACAUGCGCACUACUCUCAGUGAUCUUUCAUCUAAAUUCGUCACGGCAAUUGUCACGGGUCGCUCGACGGAGAAGGUCUACAACUUUGUCCAGUUGGACAACCUUGUUUAUGCUGGCAGCCAUGGAUUUGAUAUUAAGGGUACCAAAACGCGCCCUAUCAAUUGCCAGGUGGCUGACCAGUUUCGUCCCGAUCUUGAGCAGGCGCUGCGUGACUUGACAACGCAGACGGCGCACAUCGCUGGCGCGGAGCUGGAAGACAACGGACUAGCCUUGUCGAUUCAUUAUCGCCACGUUGAUCUGGCACUGCAAAAUGCCGUUGAGCAGAUUGUGGACGACUAUGUGGCGUAUCACCCGAGUCUUAUUAAGAAAAUGGGCAAGAUGGUGUUUGAACUGCGACCUCGAGUUGAUUGGGACAAGGGUCGCGCUGUCAUGUACAUCUUGUCCGAGCUGGGACUGGAUGCAGAGGAUGUCGUGCCUUUCUACUUGGGCGAUGACGUAAGCGAUGAGGACGCUUUUAAUGCGUUGAAUGGCCGUGGGAUCGGUCAGGGCAUUUCGAUCAUCGUGCGAGACCCCGAGGCGACAAAAAUCGACCUUCCAGGAAACUUGAAGGAGCUGCCGAUGACGAAAGCGUCGUACUCUCUUCGCGACACGGCAGAAGUGCAGCAGUUUUUGACAGAGUUGGCGAGAUUGGAAUAUGCGUGCUAA